AUCCACAUGUAUUUUCCCACACUGGUACCUGAAUUGCUUGGAUAAAAAUAGCUCCUCUAGAGAAGAAGACAUUUCACUGAUUGAGACCAGAAGCUGACUCUCAGUAUUUAAACAGUGUUUUCUCUCAUAUUCUCAUGAUUUAAUAAAAUAACACAGUUUAGAGUAUCUGUUAUCAGACCCUGUGUGAAGGAUUCCACCGGGUCGCUCCGUCCCUGUGAGGCGGGCUUGUCAGGCACUAUCUCGGACACCUCAGAGAACCUGAGUCCGGUCAGACCUCCAUGGAUGGAUGUAGCCUGUCAGGACGAAGCUGAACGGUUAGCCGGAUUUUAAGACACAAACAGACCACCAGCAGCGGCAGCAGCAGGAUGAGCUCAGACGGGGGCGGGCGGCCCGUCAAAGUGGGCUCCCUGGUGGAGGUGAUCGGAAAAGGUCAAAAGGGCACGGUCGCCUACAUCGGAAACACGCUGUUCGCCUCGGGGAAAUGGGUGGGAGUCAUCCUGGACGAGGGGAAGGGGAAGAACGACGGCACCGUGCAGGGCAAGCGCUACUUCACCUGCGAGGAGAACCACGGGAUCUUUGUGAGACAGUCACAGAUCCAGCUGGUUGAUGAUGGGGCUGACACAACGUCUCCAGAGACACCUGAGCCUGGCACCGGCAAAGUUCCCAAACGAGAGAUCCUGGAGACGUCCAAGUCCACUAAACUGCAGCCCACCCGAACUGCAGCUGGAAAGGGGGCUGCGUCCGGCUCAGCCUCGGCCUCUGCUGGGGAGAUGAGCAGCAGUGAGCCCAGCACGCCGGCUCAGACCCCUCUGGCUGCUCCCGUCAUCCCAACCCUCCACUCCCCCGGGAACCUUCCAGCUCCUGGCCCCACCAAGGAGGAGGAGGCGCUGCGUGGUCAGCUGAAGGACAUGGAGGAAAAGCUGGAGACGCUGAAGAUGAAGCGGACGGAGGACAAGGCCAAGCUGAAGGAGCUGGAGAAGCACAAGAUCCAGCUGGAGCAGCUGCAGGAGUGGAAGGCAAAGAUGCAGGAGCAGCAGGCCGAGAUCCAGAAACAGCUGAAAGAGGCCAAGAGGGAGGCGAAAGAAGCCCAGGAGGCGAAGGAGCGCUACGUAGAGGAGAUGUCGGACACGGCGGAUGCGAUCGAGAUGGCCACGCUGGAUAAGGAGAUGGCCGAGGAGAGGGCGGAGUCUCUGCAGCUGGAGGUCGACUCGCUGAAGGAGAAAGUGGACGAGCUCACCAUGGACCUGGAGAUCCUGAAGCACGAGAUCGAGGAGAAAGGGUCGGAUGGUGCAGCCUCCAGUUAUCACGUGAAACAGCUGGAGGAGCAGAACGGCAGACUGAAGGAAGCACUGGUCAGGAUGCGUGACCUGUCGUCGUCAGAGAAGCAGGAACACGUGAAGUUGCAGAAACAGAUGGAGAAGAAGAACGUGGAGCUGGAUACUCACAGGGGCAACAAAGAAAAACUGCAGGAGGAGAUGUCUGUGGCCGAGAAGACCAUCGACGAGCUGAAAGAGCAGGUGGAUGCAGCUUUGGGUGCGGAGGAGAUGGUGGAGACUCUGACGGAGAGGAACCUGGACCUGGAGGAGAAAGUCAGAGAGCUCAGAGAGACAGUGACCGACCUGGAAGCGAUUAACGAGAUGAACGACGAGCUGCAGGAGAACGCCAGAGAGACGGAGCUGGAGCUGAGGGAGAUGCUGGAUCUGGGCGGCUCUAAAGUCCGAGAGUCUGAGAAACGUGUUGAAGCCGCUCAGGAGACGGUGGCUGAUUACCAGCAGACCAUCCAGAAGUACCGCGAGCUCACUGCUCACCUGCAGGAGGUGAACAGAGAGCUGACCAGCCAGCAGGAGGCCUCCGCAGAGCUUCAGCAGCAGCCGGCAGCAGAGAUGUUCGACUUCAAGAUUAAAUUUGCAGAGACGAAGGCCUAUGCCAAGGCCAUCGAGAUGGAGCUGAGGAAGAUGGAGGUGAAUCAGGCCAACAGACACGUGUCUCUUCUGACCUCCUUCAUGCCCGAGUCUUUCCUCCGUCACGGCGGAGACCACGACUGCAUCCUGGUGCUGCUGCUCAUCCCCAGACUCAUCUGCAAGGCGGAGCUGAUCAGCAAGCAGGCUCAGGAGAAGUUCGACCUGAAUGAGAACUGUUUUGAGCGAGCCGGGCUGAAGGGAGCCGUCGGGGAGCAGCUGAGCUUUGCAGGCGGAUUGGUUUACUCGCUCAGUCUGCUGCAGGCCACGCUGCAUAAAUACGAGCAGGCUCUGUCUCAGUGCAGCGUUGAAGUCUAUAAGAAGAUCGGCGCUCUGUACCCGGAGAUGAGCGUCCACGAACGGUCUCUGGACUUCCUCAUCGACCUGCUGCACAAAGACCAGCUGGACGAGACAGUCAACGUGGAGCCGCUUACCAAAGCCAUCAAAUAUUACCAGCACCUGUACAGCAUCCACCUGGCCGAUCAGAGUGAAGAGUGCACCAUGCAGCUGGCCGAUCACAUCAGAUUUACCCAGAGUGCCUUGGACUGCAUGGCGGUGGAGGUCGGGCGUCUGCGGGCGUUCCUGCACACCGGUCAGGAGAAGGCCGACCUCGCCGUGCUCCUGAAGGACCUGGAGACAUCCUGCAGCGACAUCCGGCAGUUCUGCAAGAAGAUCCGACGCAGGAUGCCGGGGACAGACGCACCGGGUAUCCCAGCAGCGCUCAACUUUGGACUUCAGGUGUCCGACACGCUCUCAGACUGCAGGAAACACCUGACCUGGGUGGUGGCGGUGCUGCAGGAGGUGGCAGCAGCAGGAGCUCAGAUGAUGUCGCCUCUCGGGGAGCAGGAGGGUCUGUCAGCCGUCAAACUGGAGGAUGUGGCGUUCAAGGCUGGAGAGCAGAUUUAUGGAUCCCAGGGAGCGAACCCGUACGAGUAUCUGCGUCAGUCCUGCGGCAUCGUCAUCGCAACCAUGAACAAGAUGGCCACCGCCAUGCAGGAGGGAGAGUACGACUCUGAGAAGCCUCUGAGCAAGAACCCUCCUCCUGUGGAUGUUCGAUCUGCGACUCUGCGUGCCGAGAUCACAGACGCUGAAGGACUCGGCAUGAAGCUGGAGGACAGAGAGACGGUCAUCAAGGAGCUGAAGAAGUCUCUCAAGAUCAAGGGAGAGGAGCUGAGCGAGGCGAACGUCCGUCUCAGCCUGCUGGAGAAGAAGCUUGACAGCUCGUCCAAAGACGCAGACGAGCGUGUGGAAAAGAUUCAGACCCGUCUGGACGAGGCGCAGACGCUCCUGAAGAAGAAAGAGAAGGAGUUCGAGGAGACGAUGGACGCUCUGCAGGCCGACAUCGACCAGCUGGAGUCGGAGAAGGCAGAGCUGAAGCAGAGGAUCAACAGCUCGUCUAAGAUGACCAUCGACGGUUUGAGAGGACCCGGACAGUCGGGGAUCGCCUCCAUCGUCACGGGGAUAUCAGGAGCGAACAUGAUCUCUGGUGUCGGUUCAGGCUCCGGCCUCCAGGUGAUCGACUCUCCUCUCCUGACUCAGCAGAUCGAAGCUCAGAGACUCUGCAUCAAACACCUGAAGAACGAGAACAACAGACUGAAGGCGGAGAGGAUGCGCGCUCAGCUCGCCGCUCUGCCUCCUCUUCACGUCACCAAACUGCCCUCCAAAGACGGCCGCCCUGAAGUGCUCUCCAGCGCCCUCUACCGCAAGACCGACCAGCUGCUGGAGACGCUGCUGCAGAUGAGCGCCAACGUCAAGGUGGUGGACAUCACCGGCAAGUCUCCAGUGACACCUGGUGCUCAGCUCCUGGAGCAGACGGCCAGAUUACAGUCCCUCAGUGACACUCUGGGCAGACUGAAGGAUGAAGUAGCAGAGCACGUCGUCAACCACCAGCCUGGAGCUCGAGUGCCGUCUGAUUUCGCAACGUUUCCAUCGGCUUCAUUUGUCAAGGCGAAGGAGGAGAAGCAGGGCGACACGGUGAUGAUCGGUCGGGUCAUGGUCCCGUGUCCCCGCGGUCAGGAGCAGGUCCACCGUCUCGUCCUGUCGCAGACUCAGCUGCACAGAGUCCACAGUCUCCUGAAGACCUAACCUGAGCUGUGCCCCUCCUCCUGCCUGCUGCACCGACACCACCAAACACUACAACCCCACCCACCACCCCACCUUCAUCAUCAUCAUCAUCAUCAUCAUCAGCUUAGCAGUGAGGUUUCCACUUCAGGGCCAAACCCGUGGAGGUAUUUGAUGACGAGUUAGAGGAGGAGAGAUAUCCCUCACAGCUCUUCUGCAUGCGACACAGAUUCACUGCGUCUCCUUUAACCUCACAGACCUGAUCCUGGUCUUUGGCUCUGCUGUGGACUCUGUAGUGGUUUUAUAUUCAGCCACAGCUGGAUGUUGCUCUCUGUGUUUGUUUCACUGUUAACGCCGCACAGGUCCAGGACCGCGGUCAUGGUGUCAUCAGGUGUUCCUGCUGUGUGUGACAUUUUUAUAACUCAACGGUCUUAAGGGAAAAACACAGAUCUGUAGGGAUUUAAAGAGAACAGAUUAGAGUGUGAGUGUGUGUGUGUGUGAGUGUGUGUGUGUGUGUGUGUGUGAGACGGGUUACUGUGGUUUGAUCAAAGUUUUGCACAUUUUAAAAAGUCCUGAACGAGACGAGACGAAGUCGUCCUGCACAUUCGUUUGAUUUGCACGUUUCUUUCUCUCUUUGCUGACGUCAUGAAGAAGAGUUACUUUAAAUCAACCAGAGAUUCAGCAGAGACGCUCCACUCACCACGACCAGAGGCGGCUUUAACCCCCGGUUAUUAAUGAUGUUUUAAACUCAGAGGGUCGCUGGUGGAUUUGAACGACUAACAGGAUCUCUUUUUAAUCUGAAAGUUGUAAUUUAAAACCCUUCUUUCAUUUUUAUCUCAGAAUUUUAACUUAAAGAGGCCAAUCUGUCUUCUUUUAGGGAUGUCGGAGGGAGGCGGUCUACAUAAUCAAGUAAAGGCCUCCAGUGGGUAUAAAAUUUAUCCGAUGAGCCCCUGAUGGUGAAUUUUAUCUUUUCCAUUUUUAGCAGACUUAAAACAUUGUUUAGCCAAACUCUGAAUAAAGGUGGUUGAGAAGACUUCCAAAGCAAAAGGAUUCUUUUCCGGGCAACCAGGGACACAAAUGCUAUCACAUUGUUUUGCGUUUUUGUAGUAGCUAAAUCAAGCGGGGCUCUGCCAAAGAUGGCUAUAUGAGGAGAUGGCUGAAGCUUUAGGUCCAGGAUGUCAGAAAUUGCCAAAAAGAAGGAUUUCCAAUACUCGCAUAGUUCGGGACAUGUCCAAAACAUGUGGGUAAGGUUGCAAGGGGUUUGGGAGCACCUACUGCACUCCUCUUCUGUCUUAUCUGGAUAGAACUUGGAGAGUUUGUCUUUGCUAUAAUGAAGCCUAUGAAAUACUUUAAAUUGAAUAAGGGAUAGCCUAGCACAACUUGAUUUGUUAAUUACUUUCAGAGCCUUCUCCCAAAAUGCAUUAGUUAUAGUAAUUUGCAGUUCUGAUUCCCAACUACUUUUAAUUUUGGUUAGAAUGGAUUCAUCAGAGGGAGUCAGGAGGUCGUAGAAAAAAGAGACAUGUCCCUUAGGGAGGGAUUUAACUUUAAGGGCAUUGUCUAUCCCACAGGGAGGUGGAAUACGGGGGAAGGCUAACGUAUGGGUCCUUGCAAAGUCCCUAAGUUGGAAGUAUUGAAAGAAAUCUGCACUAUUCAAAUUAUAAGUUGAGCUCAACUGUUCAAAGCUAGCAAACAGACCAUCUUUGUACAAAUCACCCAAACAACAGAGGCCUCUCUUCUCCAAAGCAGCAAAUCGAGGGUCAGUCUUUGCUGGUAUGAAUAAGUGGUUGCCACAUAGGGGAGUUGACCGUGGAAGGAGAAGCCACCCAAAAUGUCGUCGGAUUUGUGUCCAAAUCUUUAGUGUGGAUAUGAUAACAGGAUUAGUCGUGUAGUCGGAGAGGGAAAGUGAAAGAGUGCUACAUACGAGAGCAGGGAGGGACGUGGAGCAUGAAUCCGCCUCUAUUCGGCACCAAGUCUGUUGAGGUGAUAUCCUACUUUAAUUCUUAAUCUGGACUAUUUCUUCUAAACUCAAACACAAUACAGACGAGAGUUUGUUUCCAGAAUAUUCCCGGUUUAAUUGAAACUUUUUUCCUGACGCUUUUUUCAACAUUAAAGCUGCAGUUGGUAGGAUUAGAGUAAAAAAAAAAAACAGUACUUGUUUUGUGCUGCGUUUGGCAAAAAAGUCACAACACUCAUCAACAGCCAUCAAUGAAUGAGGUAUUUUGGGAUUAUGGUGAGAUCUCUGUGUUUUCCUCUGUAUCCAGCAAUCUAUAAAUCCCAAUCGCUCCUGUCAGCUCUGACCAAUCAGAGCCACUCUCCUGAUUGAGCGUGCACUGUGAUCUGUUUGUGGGCGGGGCUUACAGGAGCAGAGAGGGGAUGUAGUGAGAGGGAAAUCUGGUGUGUGUAGUGUUAACAUUCAAAAUCUCUCCCUGAACUGAUGUUUAAUCCAGGACUACCAACAGCAGCUUUAAUAAUUACAUGCAGAGAUAAAGCGUCACUCUUCAUGCAGAGAUCUCUUCCCCUGCAGCUACACAUUUAAAUCAUUGAGUCUUCACGAAAGUAGAAAGAUUCUCCUUUGUUGACAAUUUAAAAACAGAAGUGUUGCUCCUCUCAGUCUGACCGAGGCGUGGUGAGUUCAGUGUCUCUGCUCCUCUCUGCUGUUUGAUUGAGUCUCUGUAGAAACACGAAGGCUUCACACUUUAACGUUGAAACAUUAUUUCACAGCUGACUCGUGAAGAUGAAGAGUAUUUAAUGAUUAAGUUAUUCUCACUUUACCUGCCUGGUAUAAAUAACACACACGUUGUAAACAGCUGACUGUAUUAACCUUUGCUGUCGUCGUCGUCGUCGUCGUCUGAGCCUUAAACCUGCAGAGAGCCUUGGUGGUAAAGAGCGAUCAUCACCGGCCUUAUUUUGAGUUCACCUCGUUUCAAGUUCAACAUCUUUGCCAAAGACUCUUUGUUCUGUUUGCCAUCAGCUCAUUUUAACUCUGACAUUAAUCACAGAUUAGCUCUUCAUGAUUAGAAUAUUUAUGUUUGCACUCUCUGUCAUAACUUGAAGUUUAUUUAAUGUUUAAUUUAAAGAACGGGCAUAAAUUGGUAGAUGUUUAUUUAUUGAUAUUUAUGUUGAAGGACUGACUCUGCAGCUUGUCUUGUCUUAACUCUUUCCUCGUGUGGCUUCCUGCUCUCGCACAAACCAUAACUGAUCAAUAAAGACAUUUAAGCCAG